GACGUCCCCGCAAAACAAUCGCGGACUUUCGAAGGCCCAAAUUCUGCAAUAAAUCGGGCACCGCGUUGAAACACGGGAUGCCCGCUGCGUGCAGACGGCAUUGCAGCGGCGGCCAUCUUGGAGCCAACUAGACAAUAGGGGAAGGGGGGGAGAACUCACGGCGGCGAGGGGAGCGGAGGGCAACGUAAUGACAUCGAUAGCUUUUUUCCAGCGUUUCCUAACCUUGUGACGUUUUUCGAGCUCCGGUGUGCUGUGUUGAUAGUGGUUCCUCGAUGCGCGCCGCUUGGGAUAUGUGCCGCGAGGAACCCAGGAUGUGAACCGAACGCCGUGCACGGCAGCGGCGACGACCGAACAGGCCCCUGUGCAAACAGCCGCUGGGCCAGCGGGGCUUGGCGCGGCUGGGACUAGGCUUAGCUGCGAUCUGGGCCAGCGCUGCCCCUACCGUGACUGAUGAUCGUCAGGUGAACCCGGGCCCCGCGAAAGCAUGGAGAGGCUGCACAAGGAGCCCGGCGGGUACACCAAGGACUCGUCCUCCUUCACGCUGGAGCUGCAGAAGUUCCACGAGUCGCGCGGGAGUCCAUUCAAGCACGCGCCACGGAUAAACGGCCGAGAAGUGGACUUGUUCGCGCUCUACAACGCCGUGACGGGGCUCGGCGGUUGGCAGAAGGUGAACGAUCUGCUCAAGUGGGAUUACAUCUUGGACAAGCUCAACUUUCCCAGAGCUUGUGUCAACGCGUCGCUGGCCCUCAGACAAGUCUACGUUCGGUACCUGAGCCUCUUUGAGAAGGUGCACUUCCUGGGCGAAGAUGCGGACGAGGAAGGGGAGCCGAGCUCGGACGCUCGCAACCGCAAGUCCAACGCCUCGGUGCUGGUCCAGGUGCCCAUGUUCUACAACCGUGCACAGCAUGAUAUCCCCGAGAGCCAGCGGCUGGCCCUGGGCCUUGCGGCCAGCCUGGGCCCCCCGUCGGAGUACAACAAGCUGUGCCUGUCCCUGCUAAGCGGCCUGCCCAAUGAGGAGGCCCUCAGCCUGAAUGUGUGCACCCUCCUGUCCAACGAGGGCAGGCACGCCCUGCGCCUGGACCGCGUGCCCCGCCUCCUCGACCUCCUCCUCGCACAGGCGGGGCUCUUCUCCAAUGACGACCCUACGCUGCGGCCCACGCUGCUCGAGUGCUGGCAGGGUGUGGAAGGCAGGCGCAUGGAGCGGUUCUGGGAAGACAAUUUAGAUGCCGACACCGUAGCCCUGUUCAAUAUCGGCAGAGGUAACAAAGACGACGACGACGAGCUUUUUAACUUAAAUUAUGAGGUUGGAACAAGAAGUAUAGAGGGCCAAAGAGUGUUAAGGAUUGCGUUGAUCUUCCACAACCUUUCGUUUGAGGAGCGCAACGUUUCGGUGCUAGCAAGGAACAGGACUUUCAUCAGGUUUGUGAUGCUGUGUGCCCUGAGCAGGUGGUCGUCGCUACGGCAAGUUGCCCUGGACACAAUAGGAAACUUGGCAUCCAAGCUGGUGCUGUACCCCGGCAGCGAGGAGGAAGAGGAGGAGGAGGGGGUCAGGGGGGAGGAGGAGGAGGAGGAGGCCGGGGAGCGUCAGCGCUGGUCGUGCGCCCUCCUGCGCCUGGCCCGGGAAGGGGUGCAGUCGCAGGACCGCUACCUGGUGGUGCGCUGCCUGGACAUCCUGGCCCGGCUGUGCCGCCAGGAGCGCAACGCUCGGGCCCUGCUGCCCCAGCUGGACGCGCCCCUGUGCCGGCGCAUCUUCGAGCUGCUCACGGUCCACGACCUCAUGCUGCUCAUCUACGCCCUCGAGGCCCUGUACAUGCUCAGCGAGAUGGGCCGAGAUGCCUGCGAGAGGCUGCUGCUGGUGCACAAAUCCAUCGGCAUCCUGGUGUCCCUACUGACCCUGGACCCCCUGGCGUACGGGCCCCUGGCCCAGAAGGGGAUGAAACUCAUCGAGACGGUGGACCCCCUCUUGCCCCCCGCCAUGCCGGUCACGGGGCCCUCCUCCUCGGCGCCUCCCCCCCACCCCCGGGUGGCGGCGGCCAUGCUGCCCCACCCUCCCCCGGAGGCCGCCCCCUCCCCGUCCCCUGUGCUGACCCUGGGGGCGGCCCCCUCCCCCGACCCGCUGGACACUGAGGCCUUUGCGGGCACGUGGGUGCGCGCAAUGUACGAGCCGGCGCCUCCGGGCUGCUCGGUGGCGCGCAACGACAUUUACGCAGAGUAUGUCACCUUCUGCAGCAAGGCGGGCCGCAAGAGCGUCAUCAGCGCCUCCGUCUUCGCCAACUGCGUCAAGGCCGUGUACAGCCAGACGGGCAUCCGACGGGUGGACAAUGCCAACGGCAUGAUGAGCUUCCACCACGAUGGGCUGCGCAAGCGGCUCAACCCGCUGCCCGUGCCCAUCCAGGUCACCAGCUGCCUCAGCAUCACCACUCAAGCUGCAGGAGCAUCGCUGCGUUCCCCCGUGGCCGGUGGGGGUGUGGUGUCGAGCCACAGCCCGAUCCUGAAGGCGCAGCUGUCUGCGCCUCUAAGGUCGCUCACCCCCCCCACGGGGACGGCGCAGGGGUCCUCCCCGCCCCCCUCCCCUGCCGUGGCCACCCCCGUGGCACCUGCCAGCCCGGCCACCCCCGCCACCGCCACGACGUCUAGCCCCGGCGGAUCGAGCAACCUCAUCAAGAGCCUGUUGGCCAACAAGGUGUCCCGCAAUCUUCAGCGACAACAACAGCAGCAGCAACAGCAGCAGCAGCAACAAGCGGCUGCAGACGUGGACAUGACACCGGCGACUGCAGGGACACCCGUCUUGGCCAACAGUGCCGUGCCGCAGGCCCGCCAGGUCGAAGUCGUCCGCAGGGAGCCCAAUCCGGCGGCCGUCGCGCCGGUCGUGACCUCAGUCCACGCGCCGGGGCCGGCUUCGGCCGCGGCUUCGGCUCCGGCGCUCUUUGCGGCCACCCCAACCGCCGUGUCCAACCCCGCCCCGAUCCAGACCCACCAGGCCUUCGGCGCUCCGCUGGUCGUCUCGGUCCCCACCGUGGCCUCGGUUGUGGCGCCGGUUUCCGUGCCGACGUCGACUCCGGCUUCAGCCGCGGCUCCGCAGGUCUCGGAAUCUGUCGCGGCCGCUUCCCUCCCGCCGUCUUUCUCGUCGGCUUUGCCGCCGACGGCAGCGCCGACCUCCACCCUCCCCAUGACGCUGCUGGCGACGACCUCGACGCCGGCCCUCGUCUCGAGCUUGACUUCGGCCCCGGCUUCGGCUCCGACGCUGGUGCAGCAGGUGCAGGCUCAGAACCAGGUGCUGGUUUCGAGCCUGGCAUCGGGCCUGUGCCAGUCCCCGAGUGUGGUGUCGACGAUGGUGUCGACGAUGACCUCGAGCCUGGCCUCGAGCGUGGCUUCGGCCAUGGCUUCGGGCACCACGCUGCCGACGGGCGCCACGAUCGUGAUGGUGCCCAACACGGCGACGGGCAUCACGACGGGGAUGCUGGUGGUGCGGCCGCAGCAGGGCAAGAUGAUGCCCAUGGCCGGGGGCGCCAUUAGCGCCGCCCUCCUGGCCAGGGGACAGGCGCUGGCUGCCGGUGGCACCAGGGGUCCCGUGCUGGUGUGUGCCCGUCCCAACGGCUUCCAGCGGGACAUCGCGCUGGAGGUGACACUUCCGGAGAGCAAGCCGGCCACCGAGCCGCCGCCGCCCUCGGAUCGCAUCGCGCACAAUCAUGUGGGCGAGAACGGAAGCCUUGCGGGUGGUGACGCCAAUGACCCUGCAGCGGUCAAGCACCCGGUGGAGGAACCCGUUGUGGCCGCAGACCCUCAGAAGCCGCCCGAAGUGGUCUACAAGAGCUCACCCCUCCUCAACGGGCUCCUCGACAAGGGCAAGGUGCCGCUGUCGAAAGACCCGUCCCUGCAGAACGGAGGAGUCGACGAAGAGAUGCUGCAGUGCGUGGACGCGCCGACCGUUCCCGUGAGCUCGGCGCCGCCCUCAUCGGGAGUGAGUGUGGUGGUGACCAACGGCACGUGCGCGGUGGCUGCGAAGGUGGUGACGUCGUCCGACCUGUCGCCGAUUUCGGACAUCGUGGGGUCGGUGGAGAGCGCGUCGAAGGCGAUCUCUCGGUCGAACGUAGAGGCGGUGGCGGGCAUCGUGGGGACGGACGGUGCGAAUCUCAGUGGUGCGACGAAGCGGCCCGCCUCCGCUGCGGAAGAAGGGGACAGCGGUUGCGCAAAGCGGCUGCGGCUCGACGACGGCCAGCAGGUGACAUUCCAGGCAGCGGGUGAACAGCGGCAGUUGGCAGCGGGUGCCGGCUCGGUGCUUCAGACGACGGUGGUGCGGCAGGUGGCGCCAGUCGCGCAGCAGACGACAACAACGCCGACGGUUCAGGUGGUUCAAGCGGCGACGAGCGGCGCGCAGUCGCUACCGCAGCCGAACUUGGUAAAGCUCUUGAGCACGACGGACUCUCCAACCGGCGCGAGGGUGACCGUGUCGACACCGUCGGCGUCGCCGGCACCGACCAUCGUGACUGUGGUGCCGAGUGCGGCAACGACUGGGUCGUCGGACGCAACCGAGGCAAAAGUUGCGCCGACGACAACGGCAGCAUCCAGGCCUUCCGUGGAGGCGGAGAAGAAGGCGGCGGCGCUUCAUCACCACCACCAUCACCAUCAUCACCACCACAAGCCCGCCAAGCUGGUGUACAACUGCGAGUGGAAAGGCUGCGAGCGGACGUUCUCCACGCCGAGUGCGGUGUUCUACCACGCCUGCAAGGUGCACAUCCCUGAAGGAGAAGGGGACCUGAACUGCCAGUGGGAGGCGUGCGACGACAUGAAGCGCCGCCGCCUCUCCCUCUUCACCCACCUGCAGGACCGGCACUGCAACGAGCAGGUGCUGCAGAUCCAGGCGGUGCGUCGGCAGCAGAUCUCCCAGUUCGGCAAGGCGUCGCUGCCUCCCCCGGCUCAGCCGCCCCCACACCCGGGCUACGCCCCGGAUGCGGCCUUCCUGGCCAUCCGCAGGCACGCCCUCGCCUACUACAGCCACAGGGACGCCUCGGACGAGAAAGAGUCGGCAUUGGCCAAGAGCAUUCGCCUCACCUCUGCCCUCAUCAUCCGGAAUCUCGCCACUCACUCCUCCCUGGCACGACGCUACCUGCGGCGGUACGAACAGCAGCUCUCGACGGUGGCCAUGUCGCCGCUGGAGUCAUCGCGGACUAUCGCCCAGUGCUUGCGCGAGAUGUCGCGGGUGCCCAGCCCAGACUGAGCGAGGUGCGCCGCCACCCGUGUCUCCCGCCCUGUACAGAGACCGCGGUCGAAGCCGCAGCCAGUGAACUGCUGGAGCAGCCGUCGGAAGCCAGCCAGCAAAGUGCACCCCGCGCGGACCACGCGUCACCGCCGGCGGCAGCCGUCGGAAUCUUCCCCUUCGUGCCUCGUCGUCGUCGCCGGACUCGUGGAGAAACAAAACAAAAAAAACGGAAAACCCCCUCGUCACCCACGCGAACGAUGGCAGCAUAUCAAACUGCACGCACCGCCGUUGUUUUUUUUUGUUUUUUUUUCUUCCAUCCACAUUGUUGUCGGUCGGUUUUUAAAAUUCGAGGAGCGUCGACGCGAAUGUCGCCAGCGCAGCGGCCCUCGGGAAGGGUCGUGCGAGGACGCCCCCGUGUUUGUGUAUGUGCUGCGCGUCUGCGCGUGCAAACUGUCCGAGAGACUUGGAAUGCCACCGCCGCCCCCUCCCCCCCACCCACCCCAUUUUUUCCGUUUUUGUUUCCUCGUCUUUUUAUUUAAGUAUUUAUCUCGUUAACUUCAUUUUCAGCAUAGUUUCCGUGGAGCCCCCCCACCUCCCUCCCUCCCUCCCUCCUUCCUCAUCUCUGUGCAUUUCUUUCCUCGUCACACUCGUCUUUUUUUUUUUUUUGGAGGGAGUUUAAACGUGUUCGUUCGAUCCGUGCCGCCGCAACAACAGCGAAACGCCGAACACAGCAGCGACGCAUGGCAGGAUGUCACCUCGUCCUUAUAAAUAUUGUAGCAUAGCGAAUGAAGAAGAAAAAAAAAAAAGCUCCGCGGGCGCGGUCUUGCGGGCAGUGGUCAAAGCGAACCUACGCAGCUUUGUAAAGUACCUAGAGUCUAUGAAUGCACCGCUCUCACCACGAUCCCGUUCACCGGCGCCCUCUGCCCUCCCCCCCCCCUCGUGGUGGAGAGGGGAACUCCAAGCCCUCCUUGGUUCCUUUUUUAGUGAUUUUUUUUUUGUAAUCUUGCUUCUGUGAGAGGAACAAAGAGAUUCCCGAUGCACGAAUCCACGCUAUAUUGCAGUUAAGGAUAUUAUUGUAUUAUUAUUGCCACACACAUAUAUUUCUGUAUAUAUACAUACAUGGUGAUGACAAAUUUAUACACAAAAAGGAAGAAAAUUGGUUAAUAAAAAUGUUUUUGGCCAUCUC